CCCAGACAACUGAAGGCUGCGCUGUGGCUGCUGAGGUCAUUGCACUAGGGAAGGGAAAAACGGACUCCCUCCACUACACCGCCUCCAUCUUGAAUAGCCAUGUAAUAGGGGAUUCGCAUAGUUUGUAUAUCGGGGCGCUGCGUAGUGUCAACAAGCCACAUCUAAACAGCUUUCGACAUGGACGACCUGUUCAGCCCGCGGAGGAGUCUGAACAACACACAGGGUGAGAUCAGAGUGGGGCCAAGUCAUCAGGCCAAGCUUCCAGAGUUGCAGCCGCGGCCUGCUCCUAAUUUACAGACGCAGACAGAGGGUGAGGAGCUGAUGUGGACGCCUGGGGUCAACGACUGUGACCUCCUCAUGUACCUCAGGGCUGCAAGGAGCAUGGCAGCGUUUGCAGGGAUGUGCGAUGGUGGAUCCACAGAGGAUGGUUGUUUAGCAGCCUCCCGAGAUGAUACCACACUCAACGCUCUCAACAUGCUCCAUGCAAGUCAUUAUGAUGCAGCGAAAGCUCUCCAGCGUCUGGUUAAGAAGCCUCUGCCAAAGCUCAUUGAGAAAUGCUGGUCAGAGGAUGAUGUGAAACGUUUCAUCAAAGGCCUGAGACAAUAUGGAAAGAAUUUCUUCCGCAUCCGGAAAGACUUUCUGCCCAGCAAAAAGACUGGAGAGCUGAUCACUUUCUAUUACCACUGGAAGAAGACUCCUGAUGCUGCAGGAACACGAGCGUGUCGACAACAACGCCGACAGCCGUCCUCCCGUAAGGCAAAGACCCAUUCUGCUGCAGUUCCUGUCAGCACCCCAUCACGAAAUUAUUCAGUGGAUGUGAGUUCUGCCAGCGAGGAUGAUCUUGAUAGUGAAGACAGUGAGCAGGAAACCAAGAGCUGCAGCCACUGUGGUACAACAAAUUCUAAGGAUUGGCACCAAGGAGGAAGAGACAACGCUUUACUGUGCACGACUUGUCGCACAUAUGAAAACAAACACAGAUGUCUGCCGAUAGCUGCAAAAUCUGCAGGCACGGCAUUCAUGUUUAAAUCUGUGAAAGGGGAGGAAGAGGUGAACAGCAAGCAUGGCAUGAGGACCCGGCGCAGCAGGGCACCUCAGCUGUCGUCAUUAAGAAGUGGCCACAGGAGGCUCACAGGCUCCCCCACCAGUGAGGACCAGAGGUUCAGUAACCAGCCCUCUCCUAGUGGAGUGACUUUGAACUCUCUGAGAUCAUCUUCCACUGACAACAAGAAUGAGUCCAAAAAGAGGACAAACAAGAAGAUAAAAGAGGAGGUAACGUCACCAAAGACGACAAAACGUGCAAGGGAGAGUCCUGCUCAGGAGCCUGAUGAGCCUGAAAAAGUUGCACCCAAAAGGCCAAAGACGCAGGAUCCACAGGGCUCCCGGUCAGACGCAGAGGAGGAGAGCUCUUCAGAAAGCCGCAGUGCUCAGGAUGAUGGCAGCAGUGACACCAAAGAUAUUGAUCAAGACAACCGCAGCUCCUCGCCCAGCAUUCCCAGCCCCCAGCGGGGCAACGAAAGCGACUCAGACUCAUCUGCCCAGCCGAACGGCGUCCCACCAGACCCCGCUGCCCCUGCUGCUAUACUGGCUGACACACCAGUCCUGCAGAUUGUCCCUUUUCAGGGUCCUCCCAUCGCUCCACAGUCACCACAAAGCAUCCCCUCUACUGAUCCUGCUCAGAGUCCCCCUCCUCCUUCCCCAGACCCCCCACAGCCAGCUGCUGGUCAGUCACCUGCCACAGUGGGUCCAAACAGCCGACCACAGCCCGCCUCUCACUCUCUUUCUGGUCCACCUCCUCUACCAUUGGGUCAGAACUCUCUUUCUCCGACUUUUCAGGUCCCCCCUGCUCUCAGCUCUGCGCAGCCUGGACAGUCACAUGGCCUGUCGCCUCAGGCCCCCCAGCGACCCCCACCCUUCUUUAGGGAGUCACAGCUCCCCCAGCCUCCUCUUUCUGGCUCCCAAAUCAAGCCUCCUCCCACCACCCCAAUUCCACCUUCACACAAGCAGCUACCACACCAGUCCUCUACACCUUUCCCCCAAAUGCCCUCCAAUCUGCCCCCUCCCCCUGCUCUAAAGCCCCUCAAUUCUCUGCCCAACCAGCAUCCUCCUGGUGCCCCACCUCCCCCUCUUCAGCUCAUGUCACAGCCUUUGCCAAUGCAGUCACUUCCAACCCAACUCCCAGUGAUCUCUCAGGUGCAAACCCACCUUGUGAAGAGCACUACGACUUCUCAACCAGCUGCUGCAGCCUCACAUCCUCUCACCUCUUUAACAUCCUCUGCUAUUGGGCCUGUCCCGAGCCUGCAGCCUUCCUUCCCACCUCUUCCUCUGAGACCCGCGGCAAACAGCACAGCAGGGGGAUCGCAUGUUCAGAUUAAAGAAGAGCCACUGGAUGAGAUGGAAGAGGCAGAGAGCCCACCGUCUCCACCUCGGAGCCCCUCGCCAGAGCCCACCGUUGUUAACAUGGCAAGCCACGCCAGCCAGUCUGCACGGUUUAUCAAACACUUGGAUCGUGGUUACAACUCCUGUGCUAGAACCGACUUGUUCUUCACUCCCCUUUCUUCCUCUAAACUGGCCAAGAAAAGGGAGGAGGCUGUGGAAAAGUCGAGGAAAGAGGCUGAGCUCAGUGCUCGACAAGAACGUGAAAGGGAGAAGGAACGAGAACGGGAGGCAGACAGAAACGCUAGAGCCUCCAGCUCUUCCCAUGACAGUCGUAUGAGUGAGGCCCAGAUGGUAGCUCAGGGCCACGGACGUCCCUCCUUUGAUCAGCCGCCCACCAGUGUAGUUGCUGUGCCCCCCUACAUUGGCCCUGAUACACCUGCUCUGCGCACCCUGAGUGAAUACGCUCGACCACAUGUCAUGUCCCCCACCAACCGCAACCAUCCUUUCUAUGUGUCCCUGAGCCCCGGCGACCCCUUGCUGGCCUACCAUAUGCCCGGCCUGUACAGUGCUGAACCCAGCCUGAGAGAGCGUGAGCUGAGGAGCCUCAGAGAGAGAGAACUCCGUGAGCGGAUGAAGCCUGGCUUUGAGGUCAAGCCUCCAGACCUGGAAACCUUACACCCUUCGGCCAACCCCAUGGAGCACUUUGCCAGACAUGGCGCACUGGGUUUUCCUCACAUUCCCGGGCCUCCCCACCCCUUUGCACCUUUCCAUCCCGGGCUGAACCAUCUGGAGCGGGAGAGGAUGGUGCUGGCAGGACCUCAGCUGCGCCCAGAGCUGAGUUACGCAGAGCGGCUCACUGCAGAGCGGCUUCAUGCGGAGAGGAUGGCCUCUGUGGCGAAUGACCCCGCUGCUAGGCUGCAGAUGCUCAAUGUGACACCGCAUCAUCACCAGCACUCUCACAUUCACUCUCACCUCCAUCUGCACCAGCAGGACCCCCUCGGUCAAGGUUCAGGCCCUCAUCCUCUAGUGGACCCUCUGGCAACAGGACCACGUUUGGCCCGAAUCCCCUUCCCUGCUGGCCCGAUCCCCAACCCUUUACUCAGCGAUCUUCCUCAUGAUCAUGAGAUGCUGCACCACCCGUUGUUUGGAGCUGCAUAUCCACGAGAGCUGCCAGGCCCAAUUCCUCCAAUGUCUGCUGCUCACCAGCUCCAAGCCAUGCAUGCUCAGUCUGCAGAGCUGCAGAGGAUGGCAAUGGAGCAACAGUGGCUGCAUGGGCAUCACCUGCAUGGAGGCCCUCUGCCAAGUCAGGAAGAUUAUUACAGCCGUAUGAAGAAAGAAGGUGACAAGCCGUCGUGAGUGCCAGGUGGUGCAUUUUAUGAAACCCUACACUUAUAUCUAAUAGAGUACAGUGUAAUUUUGAGACCAUAAGAGAAUAUGUCGGUUUUUUGUUUUAACAUAUUUUAGAAAAGACUAUGUGAAUCUUUACGUGCAUUCCUUGUUCAGCACUUAACGGGACAGUCCAUAGCUCGUCUGAGAUCUCAUCACUUAAGACAUCAUACUAGAUUUAUUAUCAAAAUAAUGAACAAUCUCCCGUUCAUGGGACAUGAAAAACAAAAAAGGAUAUUCUCUAACAAACUGUCAAACAGUUUCUUAUGCAGUGAUAUAAAUGCUCUAAUAAGAGAUAUGAACACAGACUGGCUUUGGUGUUGGGUUUAAAUAUCCCUAUAUUGAUUUCUAAAUGAUUUCCUUGUACAGAAUUUAAAUUGAUGUCCAAAUGAUUGUAACAAUCUAGCAUGUUUUAGUUUUCAGCAAACUAGAGUAGCAAGCUGCAUUGUGGUGUUUAGACUCCGAAAGUACAGUAGAGGUUGUUUUACUUAUAAAUCUACUAAGUAUUUGUCUAAAUCCUAAAGUUUUAUAUAUCAAAAUAUCUUUUCACAAUAUAACCGAAGCUUUUAUUCGCUCAUUUUGUGAUUGUAAAUAUUACAUGUUCACAGUAUUCUAUGAAUGAAUAAUAAUAAUAAUAAUAAUAUAGCAGUAGACGUGGACACUCGACCCUUAAUUCAGUACGAUAGCAGUAAAUCAUAAGCUAUAAACAUUAUAUAGUAUUGUACUGUGAGGUGAUUAUUAAUUGGACUAUGAUCUGUCACUACAGACAGUUAAUUUAGAACAGUGUAUUUGAAUAAUUUUGAUAAUUCAAUUGGAGAGAAACAAUCUUUGGCAGUUUAUUGGAUCUUUAAAAAGAACUACCACUAAAUUCAAUAUUUAUGUGAUAUAAUAUGAAUGUGUAUCCACUG